GAUUAUUCACCCACAUUGUCGACAAAUGGGACUUGGAAACCCCCUUGAGCUCAAUAGCUAGCGACGGUCCUGGGUGGAGGUUGCAGCAUCCUUCCCCGGGCUUCUACGUGCCCGUGUUGCCCUUUCAGGUUAGGCGAUCGAAGGUAUAAAAUUCUAGAAAAUUUUUCGAAAUUUAGAUAACCAUUACUUUUCAUUUACUGCGUGAAUGCCACGACGAAAGCAAGAACUACAAUUUAACUUGUUCUUACUAUGAAGCUGCAAAUUUAGUUAUAAAAACAAUUCAAGGACGUUACAACGCCCUUGUCGAUGUGUCUGCCAAGUUUAACUCAAAACAUGUGUCAGAAGUGUCUUCUUGAUCUCUUGAUAUCAACGAGUCACGAAUUUCACUGUUACAAAGAAUUGAUAGACCAACAGAUAAAUGUCCGUAAAGGGAGGAAGUAGCGAAACAGAGGCUGAAAUAGUGAGCUUUGCUGUUCCUCCCUACUCACCGCGGCUAGAAUCAUUCAUCAAACCAUAUCGUCAAAUUAAGAUCCCUGUGUCAAUUCAAACACAUGUUAGUGGAGUUGCUCUUUGUGUCGUUAAACUGAAUUAAUCUACCGGUAAUCUCAGGAAAAAGAAAUUCUACCAGACAUAGGUAUAUUUUUAUAUAAAAACACUAGAAUGAGAGGUUACUUAUAUGGUCAAGUAAUGAAAUUACGACGAAAGUUUCGAGACGGAAUAUGAAUUGGAUGUGGGGAAAAUGCUGGCCUAAAUCGCUCUUAUACUUGCCAAUUAUUAUGCUCAAGAUAUUCGUGCUAUAUUGGACGGUUUGAAAGACCACAAUCUCGAACACCAUCUGAAUGAUCUGCCUACAUUGCAGACCCCGUUUCCAAACUAUAUUAACUAAAACGAUCUUAAAACGAUGGCUGAAACUUAACUAUAAUUUCCUCUCAUAAAACGCGUGCAACUCUCCAGCUCUCACUCCCUAAUUAACCACGUGCUCUUACCUCACCGGUAACAGAACAAAACGCUAUUUUCUACAUUUGAUAUGUAAUAUUCCAAACAACGAUUCGAUACAAUAAUAAUUGACGAGAGUAAAACAUGAGGAGAAUUUAGAGUUAUAUAACAAGACUUUUAAUGAUACUUUCAACUUAGACUUUCAUAAACAAUCAGCAUAAAAUCCACAUUUGUGAAGCCUUCAAUUAUAUAAAGCACCUCUGGACAUUAAGGCUUGCCAUUUCCAAUGCAUGGUUGUUCCAUGAAGAUGGUCAUACAUUCUAAAUCCAAGUUACAACAGAAAGAGACUAAAGGACAUGGCAACCCAAUGGUUUAUUUGGCUUGCAGCCAGAAACCACGUCUGGUGAUAUGACAACUCCCACACAACUCCGUCAAAUGUAAUCCUGAUAUGAAUUUUAAUCAAUAUGGAUUACUUUGGAAAGGCAAUGGUACCAAGAGACAUUUAUCCAAAGAGGUUUAUCCCAAUCAUUUGUGGUUUUCACCGACGCAUAUGAACAUGAUACAAAGACUUGUAAUAAAUUGAAAUGUUAGCCAGAAUAAAGAAAGACUUACUGCUAAAUGGACGAAUAACUGAUUUAAAUGAAAGAAUGUAAACCAAAUAUGAAUAGGACUGAAGCUUGCUAAAUUGUUUGUGGAAUGUGCCAUUCCCGCAAAAAUGAUGCUGGUACAAAUAACCAUGCUAGCAUAAACAAGAGUUCCAAAGCCUGAAAGAAUUGCCUCAAGGGAACAUCAAGAAAUUCAUGCAGUUGAGUGGCUAGUGUGCUAGUGACGUAAAUUGUUUAGUUCCGUGUCCCACAAAUUUGGAUAUCCUGAAACUCAGCGGAUAUAUCUUAAAUGACUCAAGCAUAAGAGUGACCAUAAUAUUUCAAGUAUUUUACUGUCUGCUUUCCAGAAGAGGAAAUGACAAUGAGGACACAAGCAAGUCAUUCAUUUACGCCUUGAUUUUAUCGAUAUCCAAGGUUUUUUAAUCUACAAACGUUACAAUAAGACUCAAACAUUCAAUGUAACGGUUAGUUAGUGAAAGCUGUACGAGCAGACAUGGGCCUUCAUGCGAAAAGCAAAUCGUUACCAAAGCUGUCUGCGAAAAUUGAAACCAAAGAAGGAUUGGGUUUAAAUAUGGACAGUCAAGUUGAAGACAAGACAAAAGAAUCGAAAAGUCAUUUGAGAAAUGUUGAUAUUAUUCGUUUAGAUUCAGGAAGAGAGGCUGGUACAGCAUAUUACGAAGAAUUGACAGUCGAGAAAGCGAAUUCUGGGCGAAAGAAGACCGAGUUGAAGCGCAAGGACAAACUCAAAAGUGAACAAAGAAAUGGGAUUUCAGGCAGAAUUCGAGUAUUAUUUCAGUCCUUAUUCAAUUUAGACAAGAAGUCGAAGGACAGUUUAAUAAGUUCUCAAACCUUUGGGUGGCAGCUGGACUCCAACUUUGAAAUAAUUGAAAACAUGGCUUAUGUAAAAUGUAGGUCGAUGCCCGAAUUGAAUAAAUUAUGUAAUGGCACAAAAAAUGUAAAAAAGUCUGUUUCCUUCCGUCAUCAAAAACCGUUUUUCUCAAGUUUACUGCGCAGAUCGAGAAGAAAGCUGAACUCGUUUAGGGAUCGCCACCAAUCUGAUUGUUCGUUACAAGGAGAAAUGACAGUUGACAGUUGCUCAGAUAUAAUGUCGGAUGACAGGUGGUUGAGGAAAAAGCAAAGGGCCCAAUCAGCAACUCAAAGCGACGUUUCAGCCCCAAACUCACCAGUAUUGGAAAAUUUUCCGCAUUGUUUCCAUAAUUCUCCCGAAAAUUCUCCAGUUUUUACGAAAGAAAGCCCGCCGGUUUUCUCAAAGGAAAGCAUCCCAAGGGCGCGAGGCUUCCUACCAAAUAAUGAAAAUGGAAGCAUAGACAGAGCCAGACUACGUCGCGAAAGAUUCCGACGGUCAAAAACUACAGGUCCUUCGUUCAUGGGUAUAUAUGCAUCUACGUCAUUGUCAGAAAGCUCUGAUAUUGCAGAAGAGGCUGAAAUCCGAAAUGAGGCUAUUAUUGCCAAUGCAUCUACGGUUGCGCAAAGACGAAGAAAAACGUUUAAUAACAAUAGAAGUAAAACUCUUGACUUGAAUGAAAAAAAAGAGUCUGAAAAUCUGCCAAAAACACUCCAGUCAGGUACAGUUAGCCAAUGCAAAAACGGGACAUGCUCUUACGAAGAUGUUGGUUAUACAAAAGAACUUCGAGAUCUUGUAGAAGAGGAGUUGAAAGCACAGUUGAGCAAUAAAGAAUUUGACCCAGACCAAUCGACUGCUUGUUGCCGGACAAUUAGCGAAUGCAUCCGAAUCAAGAUCCAACAGGCAACGAAAGGCGUCUACAAAGUAGUUGUGCAAACAUAUAUUGGAGCUGUGGAGGAAGACGGGAUAAUAACGGCUUUGCAAUGCAAUCUGAAUCCGGAGAGCGAUGGUUUUGCAGCAGUAUCAUACCGUAAUGAAUCAUUGUUCGCAUUUGCAUCAGUACUAGCAGUAGACUUCACAGAGAAAUGAAUAUAUCAGCAGGCCUCCUUUACGCAUCUACGAACAUUUAAUGGGUAGAAGUCGGUCUAUUUUAUAAAGCUAGACGCUCUAAGUUCUUGAGUGUACAAUUGAAACAAUUAUGUAUAAUAAAUUAUUAAAUUGGAAGUCAAACGUU